AUGCUGUCCCGCCUGACUAUGACUGUGCCAAAAAUGGUGCACCUCACAUCCGGAGUCCGUCACUUCUCCAGUACGGCUGUCAAGUCUGCUCGAUAUGGAGGAAAUCAUUCUGGAUUCGGAUCCAGAGUGACUCAAGUAAGUUACUUUUCAGACUGGACACUGAGAAUUCAAAAAGGCUUUCAGGGAUUCGGAGUUCGCAGCGGGCCGACACUGAAGGAGAGACUUCUUGGUCCAACUACCGGAAAGCGUGAGUUCCAGUACUUGUUUAGGCUAAAGCUACGAUUUUAAUUUCAGCCUUCGUCUACGGAACCUAUGCUCUCGCUGGAGCAUCCGUCUUUGGAGUCGCUGCUCUCAUGUACUACGGACUCGUCUCGAAGGAGCGAAGCAUUCUCCAGCAGAGCGCGUAAGUUCUCUGCUCUGCUCAAAAUUCUUAAAAUACAAAUUUCAGACUCUGGCCAGCCUACGUCCGUGAAAGAAUCAGCACAACGUACACAUAUCUCGCUGGAAGUAUCGCUUUAACUGCUGCCAGUGGAGUUGCCGCCUUCAGAACUCCGGCUAUCAUGAGACUGACUGCUGGAAACGGAAUGCUUGUAAGUUCUUUAAAUGAAAAACAUUAGUAAAGUCAGAAGCCUUUCAUUCCGAAUAACAUGUAUUGAUAACGGUAUUAUUCUUUUCAGUCGCUUUUCGGAACGAUGGCAGCCAUGAUUGGCUCCUCCAUUCUGUGCCAGAACAUAGACUACGACAACACACUCAUCAAGCACCUUGCCUGGGCUCUUCAUUGUGGUAAACAUUUCUUUAUUGAUCUCACAGUAAUACGUUUGUUUCAGGUGUCAUUGGAGCCGUGUUCGCUCCUCUGUGCUUCAUGGGUGGUCCAGUUCUUACUCGUGCUGCCUGGUACACUGCCGGAAUCGUCGGAGGACUUUCCGCCACUGCCAUCACUGCUCCUUCUGAAAAGUUCCUAAUGUGGUCGGGACCACUCUCCAUGGGACUCGGUGUCGUUUUCAUGGCCAACAUCGGAUCCUUCUUCCUUCCACCUGGAUCAGCUGCUGGAGCCGGUUUGCCUUUUACUCCUCAUCUUGGUACGCUCACACAUCCUUCUCAGGUCUUGCUUCCAUCGUCGUAUAUGGAGGAUUGAUUCUGUUUUCCGCUUUCCUCCUCUAUGAUACCCAGAAAGUCGUAAAGCGCGCCGAGAUGCAUCCUCAUCCUUCCCAGCAGUUAUAUGGAAUGCAAGUCCGCAGCUACGACCCGAUCAACGCGUAAGUUCCUCUAUUUACGAUAGGAAUACUCUGGACUCUCUUCCACCUGUUCGAUCUCUCGCUGUCUGGCAUACUCUGUGGUAUAGCGAAGAGCGGAACCCGGGAGACGUCGGAUGCCUGAGUAAACAGGGUUAUAUAAACGAUGGGCGAACAGAGGGGAGUGCCCGGAUGAACCACGGCGGUCUGUGGUGCAGACUUCAAAUCUGUAGGCGGUUAGCGCCGCAGUGGUUCGACUCCACCUUUCGGGUGUCGUCGUUUUGCCAGUUCAGACUUUGACAGCUCUUAAUUUCUUAACUUUUCAGCCAAAUGUCGUUGUACAUGGAUAUUGUGAACAUCUUCAUCCGACUCGUCAUGAUCAUGGGCGGUUCGAGCGGCAACAAGAAAAAGUAG